ACGAUCUUUAAUGAGUCGGCCAAAACUCAAAAUCUCUAGAAAACAUCAAGUCAAUCAUUUGGUCAAGCAUAAAAAGGUCAAAGGUAUUAAGCCAAGCCACACUUCUUCCACCUUACUCCUCCUUCCUAGUAGUCGCUCGUUGGUUUGCAGAAAGAUGUGCACUAAGAAAGCUAAACAUUCCGGAUCUAUAUACAGGCUGAAUACAUCUCAGAAAUUGAGCACGAUCGUAGACAAGCUGCACGAAGCAACCAACACGGAAUCUUUUACCAUCACCAACACCGCUCCCGACGAAAAAACGCAAAAUGGAGCUCUCACAGAGAUCAAGGGUUUGAUACAGUCUUUCCUGAACGAGGCUAAGACGAGCCUGGUCAUGCCAGACACUAACAAAGAAGUAGCUGUGAUAAAGAAAGACAUGACAGAAACGGUGACUCAAACGAACAUCCUUACAGAACCAUCUUACAACAUGUGCCAAUGCCCUCCAAUGGCAGGAAGCUAUAUGGUUCCACCACUUCCACCGCCUGGAUACGCCUUGAUGCCGGCGUGUCCACUGCUGCUGCAGCAAUCCCCUCAGCACCCCUUCUGCGCAGCGUGCUUCCGUCAGCAGCCACAAGCCAGCUCGGCAUCGACCAAGAAGGCAAGCGGCAGCAAGAUGAACACCGAAACCGAGAAGCUAAUCAAAGAGAUCUACGAGUCCGUUGCACUCAACGUGGCUAUUCCAGAGGGCGCCCCCCCUCUCAUGCUGAAACAUAAGUCGAGGAGGAAGACUUCGUCAAAGCACGGAGACGAUCCGUACAGACACAACAAGGCCCCAAAGCGAAGUUCCAACCGUUCGUUAAGAACAUCGGUAACGAGUCAGAAGCGCAUGACUCCCGUACCCUCAGGACGAAUUCAAGAGGUCAAAGAGGUUCGGCACCUCACCACCGAAGGUCGCAGGAUGACGAUCGACCAUGAGCGGUUGGCUCGCGAGCGGCGUCAGCUGAUCAAGGAGCAUCUGAAGAGCAUGCGGGACCGCGACAGCGAGUUCCUGGAUCUGCCGGAGCGGGAACGCGUGAGUGCCGCGGCGUGCGACCGCAGCCGCGAGCUGUAUGUGAACCAAGACCGCAUCGCAGGGUACGCACAGGUAGCACAGACCCGUAUGGCCGGCUACGCGCAAUCCGUGAAAGGAGCUCAGGAAAGGGGUCGAUACGGGGCGAUGUCGGCGCCUGUUAGACCUUAUGCACCCGUUCCAGAGCUGGAGUAUGCGCCGCCGCCCGCACCUCCUCGUCAUCCGGAAUAUCCGCCGGUAGCGGUCCGACCGGAGUACCCGCCAGUACAGCGGCCACAUGAGUAUGGACCUGGUCCAGCCAACCAGCCCGGGUAUGGACCUGGCCCAGCCAACCAGCCCGGGUAUCCCCCCGCGCUGGACGGCGGUGAACGAGACAUGGGCAGGUGCUACAUGCCGGGGAAACCCUCCCACUAUGGGUACAAUGAAGAGGAAUCUGACGAGUCUUAUGAGUCCCAUAAAAAUUUCAAGAGCAAACUCUGGGACAAAAUGAAAGUAAGCCUGACAAAGAAGUACAACAGCGUGAACCGGAAGUUGAGUAAGAUGCGGCAAGACUUCCGGUUUAUUCAACCGGAGUUCCAGGAGCCCCAGGACAGCGCAUACCGCCCGGCUCACCCGGGUGCACAUCCGGGUAAUAGGCCGGGCAUGAAUGCCGGGAGGAGAGCCAAGGCUUCGCCCAAGGCAGCGUGGGGAGACAUACUUCACCAGUUGAAAUACAAUAUGUAUGACCUAUGAUGACCGAUAUCUUUUGGCUAUGGGUAAAUUUGGCGCAUGUUUCUAAAAGCUGUUUUGUCGUAGUUCCGUAUUUGUAUCACUGAAGCCACAAUAUGUUGCAUUAUUUAUUAUACUCCCGAAUGUUAUUUUCAAUUGUUGUGCUAAAUUUCAGUUCAAUAAAACAUUCAAUAUA